AUGAUUGUUGAUGAUGAAACAUUAGAGAAGUUGAAACCAUGGGUGGAAAAGAGUCUUUCCCAAGUGGUGGACUCGGAUGUGGAUAUCAUGACUACUUAUGUCCUGGCAUUGCUGAAACAUGAUUUGCCAAUAAAUGAGUUGAGGAAGAUGUGUGAGGCACAGUUGGAGGAUUUCCUUCACAAGAAUACUGUCCCAUUCGUAGAUAGUCUGAUAAAGGCUUUAGAAGACACGAUAAGGUAUAUGAAAGAGGGUGGCCCGAAUCCUUUUUCUUCAGACUCGUCGAAAGAAGCAGCAGAGAAUCAGGAGGUAACUCAGGAGCCUGGGUUUCAACAACCUGCCACAAAUCAGGGCCAAGAUCAGGACUCGAGCAUGGCAGAUGAUUAUAUUAAAACUCAACAACAAGGCAAUAACUUAUCCUUGUCAGAUAAUAAUGGCCUUGAUCAAUUUCAUGGCCAAGAGCAGUUUCGUGCUAAUUUUAGGAGAGAUCGUAGAUAUAACGAUAACGAUAACGACUCAUUUCGAAACAAUGGCGGUUAUGGCCAAUUUAAUCAAGGAAUGGCACCAUAUCCUCCACAGAAUUUAGCUUACCUUCCACCAUUUGAUCUUAAUGGACCAGUUCCUCCACAGUUUCCUCCUGAAUAUCUUGCAUAUUUACAAACAUUACAGGCGGCAGGAGUUUCGCGACCCAGAAGAAACAGACGUCAAAAUCGAUUUAAUUCUGACUAUCAAAAUGCAUACGAUUCAAAUCAUUUGCGUAGAAACUCGCGACCCUAUACAGAUGAGAAAGCGUCGUCCAAGUAUACCUCUCCAUUAUCGGGAAAGAAGAUUGAGAAUGAUUAUUCCAAUACAAAACUGGUUGUUGAGAAAAUACCGGAAGAUAAAUUCAAUGAAGCGUCUGCUAGAGAAUAUUUCUCGAAGUUUGGCAAUUUGCUGCAGGUGAACGUAAAUGAAAAGCUCAAGGUUAUCGAGCUCGAAUAUGAAGCCCAUGAUCAAGCCAGAGCUGCAUACGAGUCGCCCGAGGCUGUAUUCAACAACAGAUUUGUAAAGGUAUAUUGGAGAAAAGUCAACCAGGAUGCUAAGGGUCCUAUUGAGCCUAAAAUUGACGUCGAAGCGGUAGCUCGUAUCCAACAAGCUAAGCAAAAGGAGUUUGAGGAGAAGCGUGCUAAAAGACUAGAGCACGAAGCAAAAAUGAAACAGAUUCUUGAGAUGAAAUCAUCUAUUUUGCAAGAACAGAAGAAUUUGUUAUUACAGCAAGCUCAAAAUGCUGCUUCGGAUGGCAGCAACAGUGACGCUUUGCGGAUUCAACUUGAGGCAUUGAAAGCAGAAGCUGAGAGUCUGGGAAUAGAUUCCUCAGACAGCGGAUCCUCAUUCUCACCAUUUUCACGCCGAGGUAGAGGUAGAGGAAGCAGUGGCUAUAGAGGAAGAGGCUCUUAUCGCGGUAUUUCGAGUCACCCUUAUGCUUAUCGUGGGGGUCGUGGCGGCCAUGCUACGUCGCAGGUUGACCGUCAACGAUUUAAUCUUGAUUUACGUCCAAAAUCUGUUCUUGUCACCCCUGUGCCAGAAGAUAAAGAAGAAGCGCUUCGUAGCCAUUUACUUCAUUUUGGUGGCGAGUAUGAGAAUGUACAGCGCAGUUCCACUGAACCAGGUUUUAUUAUAGAUUUCAAGGAUAGAAAGUCUGCUGAGAUGUUUUUUCGAGCAACCGAGUCUGUUCCAGAUGUUGGAGCUGUAGAGCUACACUGGCAGCAACGCCGAACCCAAUCCAUGUCUCCUGAAGCCAUGGAUAUGAAUUAA